CUAAAUUGGAAUGUAUAGCUAUUAGUCAGAUAGUAGUCAUACUGUAUUUGCCAUUUCCUGCUCAUGAGCGUCAAAACUUGCAAAUUGGGUGUCCGACGCUUGGAAGAAAGUUCCAGAGAAAGAAGAGGAACGCUUUUUUGAGAAAUGCUACGUCAUCACCAAAGCCCUUGAUGGCACGCACAGAGAACUACAUUGUGCGGAAAAUCAUGGACAUCCAAGACUGAGUCAAAAAAAUGAAUAACAGCCUGUGAGUGUGAAAUCUUAGGAAUAUUGUUACCAUAUUAUUUCAUUUGUUUUCCUUUUCAUGUAUGUACGGCAGUGAUACAGUGUAAAAAUCUAUAUUAAAAAAACCUACACUUUGAACAAGUGUAAAAUAAAUUUCUAAGUGAUAAGAAAAGCAUUUUAUCACCGUUUAUUUGCAACCGCUUUUCUCAGUGGGAAAUAAGAUAAUGAUGUUUUACAACUGAUGACGUCCAGGCAAGAGAGAAAAGUUGAGCAGGACCGUGAGACGAGAGGAGGGAAUUCUUGAAAUACUAAGAAGACAAAAUUGACUCGAUUUAGUGAAUUAUUGGAGGGAGGGGUAAAGAUGAAAGGGAAGGAAAUCUAGGAUGUCGUCCAGGUUUCUGGUUUGGGCAACUGAGCCUACCUGAUAGGACAGGAGGGGUAGGUUUGGGGGCGGGCUAAUUUAGGAUAAUACACCAUGAGGUGCUUGGCUGUGUUGAAACCAAGGAUUGCUUUGGUAGGACCGAGCCCCACAGUACAUGGUAUUCGGAGCCGGCGGCUCUGCCCUGGGUUCCGCAUCCUCAGAGCAGCUAGCGGUUAAAAAAUAGCCAGGAGGAAAGGUGGAGCGGCGUCCAGGGCUGGGAGCCCAAUCUGUGCACAGGCUAUCGAACCACCGCCCCUUCCAGGACCCUCCCGCGGCCGUCGGCGGAAGCGUUAUGAUUGGCUGGAGCCACCGGUGCUGCCCGCGGACAGGCCCAGACGCCAGGAACUGCUCAGGAAUUGGUUGGCAGGUACCAAACAAUGCCUAACUCAAAAGGUGGAAGCCGCUUUUCCAGGGUGCUGGCCGGUAUUUCCACCCCGCCCUGUUGCCUAACAAGACAGGUAAGCAAACUCUACUUGUAUUGGUCAGUGAGUUUUCCUAACAGCAACCGCUCCUUUCUGGAGUCGGGGAUGAAAGGAGAGCUGUGAUUGGCAAACUUGCAGGGGCGGGGCAGGCUAGGCAUUAGCCGGGCUUCUCCUGGGGGACUUGGCGCCUGUCCUGGACGUUGAUUGGGCCGCGGGAUUGUUAACGCUACCAGGGAGGCGUGGCCAGCACUAAUAAAGACUGGGUCCAGCGCGGCAGCUGCAGUAAGUUCCACCGCAGCUAGAGUUUCGGGUGGUCAGCUAGGGGCGGAGCUCGGAAGUUCCGUCGACUCAGCAGCAGCGUCCCCUUUUCGUCGAGUGUCUCGCCGGAGCCUCGGGAGGAGACGGACCCCCCACUCCCUCUGUCAGAAAAAUGUCUGCUCCAGCUCAGCCACCUGCCCAGGGGGAAGAAGGGGCUGCCCCAGGUGGGGGUCCUCCCGGCCCUCCUCCUAACAUGAGCAGUAACAGACGACUACAGCAAACCCAGGCACAAGUGGAGGAGGUGGUGGACAUCAUACGUGUGAAUGUGGACAAGGUCCUGGAGAGGGACCAGAAGCUGUCAGAGCUGGAUGACCGAGCUGACGCCUUGCAGGCGGGAGCAUCACAAUUUGAGAGCAGUGCUGCCAAGCUAAAAAGAAAGUAUUGGUGGAAAAACUGCAAGAUGAUGAUCAUGCUGGGAGCCAUCUGUGCCAUCAUCGUGGUAGUUAUUGUAAGUAAGUAUCGCUGAGGUUGCUGGUGGGGUGACAAGGUGGGAAGGUCCCGGAGUCUUCUCCCAGCCCUGCCUGCCUGCCUGCCUGCCUGGGGAAUGGGGCUGCUCUAACUGAGGUAUGGAGACCGUUGCCGUGGGACCAUCACUCGGUUUGGGAGGGAGCAAGGGUGGGUAUGCUGGCAAAGUCAAUGGACUUCCUUGAUGGACAAGCCCCCCUUCUGCAAGAUAAUGCAGAGAGAUGGCCCCUCCUGUUCUGAGGAAGUGGGGCUAUGCCGUUUAUCACUGGCUUGGAUCAGAGGGAGACCAUGGGAAUGGGACACCUACAACUGAAAGACCUCAUUAUGUCUGUAACUUGAUGUAAUUUGCCCUCUUGUUUUUCCUGUCUCUUUCUUUUUUCUGUGUGGGACUUCCUGAUUCCUGUGUCCAGUCUACUUUUUUACUUGAGAAUGUGCCACUCCUCCCCUAUUCUCCAUUGCCAUCCAAACUCAUGCCUCUCGCCCUCUGCUCUCUCAACGAACUUCCCUAUCUGCCUUCUUACAUCCCAACCCAGGCUUCUCUGCCACCCAUCCCUCCUUUUUUUUGUUGCUUUCAUUUGCACUAUGUCCCUCAACACUAGAAAUGCUGCUCGUGGCACAGUCUUGAAGUAACUACCUGAAGAGCAACAGCAGGUGCCUCCUCCCUACUCCGUCUUGUUAUGUACUCUCAAAUUCUCCCAAAGCUAAAAAGAGCUGGAGGCCACGGGAAGGGGGAGGGAAAGGGGAAUAGCUGAGGUGCCAUGCUGAAGAAGCUGCCAAGAUUGGGAGAGGAAAAAGGUAUCAAUGCUCAGUGUCUUCAGGAAAGGCCAGGCAGCUGGCAGGAGGAGGAGGAGGCUGGGCACAGUUAGGAAAAUGGCAGCUCACACAGUGCUGCCUUGGCUACUUCACCUGGAACUUUCUUCCUCUGCCAGCCCUGAAAGAGGAUCCUGUGGGUGGGCCCAUCGUCCAAUUCUGUCCUAGUGAAAUACUCUUUUAGAAAGUAAAACCUGUUUUGUUUUUUUUUUUCCUGCCGUUGUUUCUAAUCUGUUAGUUCAAGAUUUUCUAUAUCUUCAGGGAUUUUACAACCAUUCACUUUGUUCUCUCUAGGCCUUGAGAACAAAUACUUAUUGAGAAAACACUGGGACUCUCAUUUCCAUUCUAGAAGCAGUCCCAUAAGCUCCUAACUGGAAUGGACCAUCUCUUCUUCAGAUUCUUUGCAGCACUCUGUAUUGUUCAUGAAGGGCACCAAGUAAUUUCAUAUAGCCAAAGUUUUGGACUCAGUUCAUUUUAAUUGUUGACAUAGAGAGAGUGCCUGUUAGUUACAGAGAAACUGAGGUAAGGGCCUGAUUUAAAAAUAAGCUUGAAGGGGGGGAAAAAAAAAACCUUAGAGGAAGCUAUUUCUUGCCCUCUCACUGA